CAGGAAGGUCACACCAUCCCUCACCAUCAUCAGGGUGAAGAUCUGAUGGACAUGAAAGUUGAGGGUGAAGUAGAAGAGACGUAUGUGAGGGAUGAUCAGCAAUAUACGGAGGAGGCUGGAAUGAUGUGGACAUUCAAAGAGGAGGACACUCCUACAGAGAUCAGCACAGGAUACGCCAUAGAGAAACCCUCAAAGGAUCGUCUCGCUUUAUCUCCAGGUUGUAAAAUGGAAGAUGAGGACAUCACAGGAGAUUGUGGAGGAGAAAAGACAAUGAGCUCCACUAUGGAUGGAGGACUUCACAGUGUGGAUAGACCAUGGAAUCCCUCUGACUCUGAGCAACCUCGUACUGUGAGGGGUGGGGCCGAAAUUCAGGGGGAACAGACAUCCUCCCAUCCUAAAAGUGGGGAAAACGUUAGCUCUGACUUAAAUGUUACUGUACAUCAGAGAUCUUACACGGGGGAGAAGCUCUAUGCCUGUUCUGAGUGUGAUAAUUGUUUUCUUCCUGUAUCAGAACUCAUCAUACAUUACAGAUCUCACGCGAAGGAGAAGCCGUAUUCCUGCCCUGAGUGUGGGAAAUGCUUUUCCGAUAAGGCCUAUCUUUCCAUACAUCAGAGAUUGCACACAGGCGAGAAGCCAUAUUCCUGCCCAGAGUGCGGCAAAUGCUUUUCCCGGAAAUCGUAUCUUUCUAGACAUCAAAGAUCUCACACGGGGGAAAAGCCGUAUCCCUGUCCUGAGUGCGGGAAAUGUUUUUCACAGAGGUAUGACCUCUUUAGACAUGAAAGAUCUCACACGGGCGAGAAACCGUAUUCCUGCUCUGAGUGCGGAAAAAGUUAUACACGAAAUUAUGACCUUGUUAUUCAUCAAAGAACCACCCAUACGGGGGAGAAGCCUUUUUCCUGUGCUGAGUGUGGGAAAGGAUUUUCACAGAAAUCAGAUCUUGUUUUACAUCAAAGGUCUCACGCAAAGUAAAGUCCAUAUUCCUGUUGUUAGUUUUAUGAAAGGCCAAUCGUUCCAGACAUCAGAGAUCUCACACAAGGGAUAUGUUUUAUUAUUGUCUGGAGUGCGGAAUUUUUUUUCAGUGGAAAUUAGACCUUGAUAAACAUUAACGUUCUCACACAGUCGAGAAGCCAUAUUAUUGCCCUGAAUGUGUAAAAUCGUAUUCAUGUCCAAUCUCACUGUAUAUUGAAUAUGUCAAACACGGGUAAAGGUGCUUUCCUUUGCUGAGUGCGGAAAAUGUUAUGCAUGUAAAUCAGAUGUUAUACAUCAAAGAUCACCCACAGGUGAGAAGCCGUAUUCCUGUCCUGAGUGUAGAAAAUGUUUUUCACAGACGUCUUGUCUUACCAAACAUCUGAGAACCCACACCACCCCUAAGGUUUAUUAGUGUCCCAAGUGUGGGAAAUGUCUUCUAUAUGAGUCAUACUUUGCUGUAGAUCAGAGAUCUCACACUGGGAAGAAGCUCACCUUGAUAGACACCUCAGAAAACACGUGGCUGAGCACUUCUCUGAUCUUUAUCAUGGAAGAAACACUUUAUAAGGAAUUCCGAGAUCACUAAAGUCUUCAAAGUUCUCGGCUAGGAGAGAGAAGGAGGGGGUGACACUGCUGGUUGGGUCCCUCUAGGAGAGAGAAGGAGGGGGUGUCACUGCUGGU